AUGCGCCGGUUGACUCUACAGGGAGCUCGGUGGCAUCAGCAUGGCUUGCACAAAACAUGCCUCCCUCGUCGCUCUCCAUCGUUCGCCGUCCUCCCUCGACCGUUCUCUACCACGCCAAAGCUAUAUUCCGGCGACGGAAACCAGAAAAUAAUUGUUCGCAACAUCGAACAGUCGAUUACCAAUAGCAAAGAUAAUUUUGAGGUGGACUUGGAGUCGAUAGAGCGAGCGGAGCAGAAUAAAGUGAAGGAACGGAUAAAAAAGCUAGAGGAUGAGUUGAAGUUGGUCAAGGAUGGAUUUUUCGCCCCGGAUAGCGAGUUUAUGAGAAGUCUGUCCGAAGAGGAUAGGAAAAGGGCAUUGGAAGCUGUCAGGAAAUAUGCAGCCGAACAUAACUGGAAACAAGAGGAUGAGAGGGAUGAGAUUAUGCAAAAAAAGCUAGACGCAGAGCUUGACCAGGUUCUGCAAAUGGAAUUGGACAAGCUGGAAGCAGAGGAGGAAGAACUAUGGAACCCGAGCAAGGGUUUGUCGGGUUUAGAAGAGCCUCAGGAGGCUGAGGAGGCGCCUGAAGCUCCUGAAGCUGUCGAGCCGGAAAAAGAACCCUACGAGGUCGAACUAAAGGUCCCAGAAAGUCACCACGCCUACGUUAUGAGAUUUAACAAGGCCUUGAAGACUUUGGCAGGCACCCCGACUCUUGCAGAAAAGCAAUAUGCUUGGAAAUCCUAUCGCCGAUGUAAAGAAGCUCUACCCUUUUUCCUCGACAUCGCCCCAGAGGAGUCAAUAGCCAUGCUAUGGGAAUCCCAGCGUCCUAUCUCAGAGCCGUCCGAGAAGAUACCCCCACGACACCUUGCAAUUUUGGCCGAAGAUAUACUUGCAACCGGGCGCAUUUUAGAGGCGGGCCAAUGGGUUGAUUAUAUAGAUGCGCUGCGCCGGGACGGACUCGAGGAAAAGGCCCUCACGUUGUGGAGAGAACGUGAACCGGACCUGAGCCAAUACACUGCGGACGAGAAGAAACAAUACUGGAACCUAGGUGUGCGGUUGUUUGUAGCCAAUUCUAAGCCGAAGAACGCCCAAGAUGCCGCAAUCAUAUAUCUUUCCCUGGAUCCUUCUCACAAUGCUCGAAUACUUAUCCCAGUUAUCAACUGCUGGGCUGAGGGCGAUGGUCUCGAAAAUGAUGCCCGAGCAUGGACGCUAUAUCUACAUCUUAAAACAACUUUGGGGGCCGAUAUCACAAUGGCUGACUAUGACGAAGUUAGCGUCGGCUUGCUCAAAUCCGGCAAAAUCAAUCUAGCCCUUGCUGUUUUUAAAGACAUGAUGUUAACGGGUCAGAAUUCUCCUGCCGAGUCGGAUGCUCUUUAUAAGGCUUCCCUGGGGCUUGUCGGGAAGCUUCAUUCCGAUAGCAUUAACGAAGCGGAUGUGAACAAAGUGUCCCUUGCGUCGCUAACAAUCCUACCUCGGAAAUUCCAAAACAAAUUCUUUUACGCCAGUUGGAUAAAAAAGCUGAUCGGCAUGCGUGAAGUUGAUGCAGCAGCGAAGGUGGUUGAGUUGAUGUAUGAGAGGGGAGUUCAGCCAGACGCAAAACAUCUUAAUGGUCUCGUAGGAGCGUGGCUUCGCGAAGGGAGCAGCGCUGCGAGACAAAAGGCAGAAGGACUCGGGUGGUCAAUGAUUCAAAAACGAGUCGAUCGUGUUUGGGGCAACCAACCCGGAAGCCCCUCUCUCCAGGACGCCCAGCCCGAGGGCCCUAUCCCAGCAUAUAUGGAACGGAUUGUUCCUGCUGGAAAUAUAGAGACGUUUUCGAUCCUCCUUCUCCAUUAUACCCGACGAGAUAAUGACGCCAUGAUUAAUUACCUAGUGGAAUGUCUCGACAAAGCUCAGUUACGACCCAAUACGUUUUUCGCGAAUCAUCUUCUUUAUAGAGAGCUACGGAAACAGAACAUUGCCGGAGUUUGGUCAGGAUACAAGAAUACGAUGUCUACCAUUAGACCGGAUCUCGAAACAUUCGCCUGCCUUUGGGAUUGUGGGAAAAUCCAGUACGACAGAACACGCUCAAACUUCAAUGCACAAUUCCCUUCUGCCCGUGCGCUCUACUCAGAGAUGGACCGCUGGUAUUCAAACCUACCCUCACAUCUCCAAAAAGACACACAGGAUGCAUUCUCAAAAGAUCUCUAUGAUCAUAUCAUAAGAUGUUUCUGUCUUUCACUCGACCCCCAGGGAACUCUAGUCGCUUUACGAGCAUUAAAGAAGACAUUCGGGUUUUUCCCAGAUGCAGAUACUGCUAGGAUCCUCGUUUUUCUAGUAGUACGCUUGAUUCCUAUUGGCGACGAAGCAACGCUACCUAAACGACGUCAUAGACGAAUCGCUUCCACUCCCCGCGCGAAAGAAAAUCUGCAAUAUGUCAGCAAACUACUUCACAGGUUGCGUGAACAGAAGACUCUACAAGCCGCCAAGGAGGGGAUAUAUCUUGAUGAUAUGGACCAAGAAUUCCACAUGGAGUUUGAGGUAGACCUUUUGUGUGACCUUCUGCGAGUUGUUUUACGAAGCAUGCCGAGGAAUCCAGCCAAAAUCGAAGCUGGCAUACAAACCGCGGCUAAUGAGAUGGGUGUAGGCGACCUUUAUCUCGGCGAACCACCUUCCUACGAUGUAUAA